UAUUCUAAGCGUAGCGAGUCUAAAUUUUUAAGAAGUCAUUUUAACCUUACUUCUUAGGCGGGAAUUGAACUUAUUCUUUUCAAAUUUUACAAAUUUAUUUCGUAAAUGAAAUAAAUUAUAAUUAAUAGAAUGACUAACGUUGAAUAUAAUACCGAUACUUUGAGUGAUCUUCUACCUCUUUAUUAUAAGAGAUUAUUUCCUUACCCACAGUUUUAUCGAUGGUUGAGCUAUGGAAAUGCUUCGACUUUUGCCAAAAGAGAAAUAUCUUUUACGUUACUCGGAGAUAUUUAUAUAAGAUAUCAAUCAUUUGAUACUCAAGAAGAUUUUAUGAAUGAAUUACAAAAGAAAUUUCCUAUUAAGAUAGAUAUAGGAGCAGUCUACCAAACAAAACCAAAAGAUAGAGGCCCCGUAUCACAGAUUGUACCCGUAGAAAAAGAAAUAGUCUUUGAUAUCGAUAUGACUGAUUAUGAUGAUGUCCGGACUUGUUGUUCAGGUGCAGAUGUGUGUACGAAAUGUUGGAAGUUUAUGAUUAUUGCCUGUAAGAUUAUAGAUGCCGCUCUUUAUCAAGAUUUUGGUUACAAGCAUAAACUUUGGGUUUUUUCUGGAAGAAGAGGGAUCCAUUGCUGGGUUUCAGACAAUGAAGCUAGAAAAAUGGAUGAAACAGUCAGAGCUACUAUCGGCGACUAUUUACAAGUCAUUAAAGGAGGGGCCAAUUGUUUUAAAAAAGUCCAAUUGCCUGGUGAUAAAAUACAUCCUUCAUUGAAGAGAGCUUUGAAUGUAAUUAAUGAUUAUAGUAGCACUAUGGUAGAGGAACAAGAUAUUUUGGGUACUGAUGAAAGAUUGAAUAACUUUUUACAAAUCAUAGAUCAAGACCUGAGAUCUUCAUUUAAGACUCCAAUGAAAAAAGCUGAAACAUCCCUGGGAAAAUGGAAUGCAUUUAUCAAUACAUAUGAUGAAUUAUUUAGAAAUCAACAAAUACCAAAAUCUAUGAGAAACCUCAAAGAAGAAAUUAUAUUGCAGUAUUUUUAUCCAAGGCUUGAUAUCAAUGUAACAAAGGGAUUCAACCAUUUGUUGAAAGCACCAUUUUGUGUGCAUCCAAAAACAGGAAAAAUUUCGGUACCCUUCAAUCCAAAAUUGGUUGACAACUUUGAUCCAGGACAUGUGCCUACUUUACAUGGACUCAUUGACGAAAUAAAUGCCUAUGAUAGAAAGACAAUGGAACAAGAACAACAUUUGGUGGACUCUGAUGCUGGAAGGACUCCAUCAAAAUCAAAAAUAAAAGAUUAUAAGAAAACUAGUCUCUUGAAUAGUGUCGCUGUUUUUGAGGAGUUUCUGCGAGCUCUAGAGAAGGAAAGAAAUAACAAGGGAAAAGAGAAAGAAAUUUCAAUGGAGUUUUAGUGUGACUUCAAUUUUAUAAUUUAUUAUUUAACUGUUCAAAUAAUUUAUAAUUUACCUAUUUGUAAUAUUUUUUAUUAAAUAAAACUAUAUAUUUUA